GUUAGGAGCCAUCUGAGGGAAAGGCACAGGUGGGGGAAAGAGAGAGGGAAGCUACCGGUAGUCAAAACUUUGAGGAGGACUUGCAGCUAAGGAGAGAGAGCAACGUGGUGAUCGUGUCUGCAACAACCGAGCGACUGAUCGACGUCCCUUUAAUUGUCCCAGAUUCCUUCCGAUGCGGUUGAGAACGCAGCCCUCGGUGUCUAUAACAACUUGACUUAUUUCCGCCGAGGUAUUGAAUUGCUUGUUCAGAGAUGUCGAAGACAGGAUCGCUGCUAGCGGCGGCCCUUGUCGCGCUGGUAGCAGCAGUGGGCUAUUACUACUUUGACAAGGAACAAGCACAGUUGCUUGUGGAGGCAACGCAGAAGCGCCUGGCUUCUCUUGGGGUUUGGGCUUUGCCCGCCUACAUCGCAGUUCAUACUGCUGCAAUAGCUGCUUGUUUCCCCUACACGCUUGCUUUCGAGGCCGGCGCAGGUUUACUCUUUGGUUUGUGGAGAGGAAUCAUCUGCGUGAUCGUGGCCAAGGCUUGUGCUGCGUCUUUGUCCUUCUGGUUGGGACGGUUGAUUCUUCACAAUUGGAGCUGGCUAGGGGAAACAGUUCAGAGGAAUCGGUACUUCGGAGUAGUUCGAGAGGGCGUGGCUCGUGAUGGCUGGAGGUUUGUUUUGUUCGCGCGCUUCUCACCACUCCCCUCAUACUUUGUCAAUUAUGCUCUCGCGAUGACGGACGUAAGAUAUUUUAGGGACUUCCUGCUGCCGACACUCGCGGGAGGUAUCCCGAUGAUCGUCCAGAACACGUCGCUGGGCAGCUUGGCUUCGUCAAUCGGUCUCUCGCUGUCUUUACCGGAGGCAAUGACGGUGAAGGAGGAGGAGUUGGAUGGGCUGCGAGGCCUUGCUCAGCGCGCAGCGCCUUUCGCAAUGCCUAGUCUUGGAAUCCUAUGCUCUCUUUGGCUGACGUGGCGAGUGAGGGCGUACACGCGUUCCAGUCGGUCAAUCGAUGAUGCCGGAUUCUCCCCGGAGGGAGAGGAGCCAGCCGAGAUCUCAGAAGGAGCGUUUGUAGCGGAGGAGAUGGGACCUAAUGAUGAAGGAGGGUUUGCGUGGGACGGUGGGAUGAUCAUGGCGGAUCGGGGUCGCGAUCGCUCUCCUCUCCCUCCCAAUGUGUCUGAAGGUGCCAAUUCUGUCAGCUCGCCCGACGGUCGGGAUAGCCAAGAACGGGGUGGUGGGGAGAGGGAAUACGAAGUGACUUCCCCUGGGAGGCGUAGUGGUCUGAGAUCGUCCACGAAGUCGAGGAGUGGGCCUAGAACGCGCUCGUAUUAUCGCGAGAUUAUUAACUCCUCCCGCUCCCUGAUGGACGAGGGAUGGGGCGGGGCCGGGGGGGAACUCGGUGAGGUGCCCAACGGUGUUCUUUCACCGAGGAACGUCAUGGCCGAUGGCCACCAGCCAACGAGAUCGAGCAAACCGGCUGCCUCGUCGCCCAGGAAAAACAUCUUGUCUCCCAAAGGUGGAAUAUUGACACCCAAGGUCGCCAGUGCACGCAGGGGACGUCCGCGAAGGAGCGCAGUUGUGCUCUCCGAGGAUGCAUCUUCCAAGAUCACCCUGUCGUCUGUCACUUCCUCUCCAAUGACCAGAGCCCGAGCUCGGGCCAUGGCUCUUGCGUUGGCGGAUGCAGAACAACAUCAACAGACGGCAGAACCGUGGAGUUGACUGACGAUGGUGAUAAAAAACUCCUCACAUGUGAACAUGGGAUGCUUUCUCUUACACAGUCCUUUUUUCGUUGUAAUAUGCUGUCUACGGAAGUUGAUAUAUCUGCCGCCGGUAGGUCUCGCAGCAGUGCCAUCUAGCGAUUCACGUGUUACGCGGUGGAAGGGAAUUACAGGGACGAGGACUGUAAGGGGCUAUCACGGCAUUUAUGAGUGAACAAGAACAAGCUAGCGCUAUCUUUGUUGUUCCUGUAAUAGUUCCUUGGCAGAUACGUUUGAUCUCUUCGUGAUGAAGCCCUUGCCAAAUGGACACCUUGCCAAACGGGCGGCUGCUGCUGCUGUUCGUGUGAUCUUUUAAAAUCGAGUUUGGUCGAUUCUCGAUGGGGCGUUACUUGUGCACUUUGUGUGCUAGCCUGUGGAAGUGGAAGUGGCACCUCAGUGACCACUGAAAUCUAUUUCUGUCACUGUCGCUUGAGCAACGGAUGUCACCUGCAGUCUGUUGUGCGGUGUAAUGGCCUCGGUCAAGGAAAGGACGAAGUUAUUGCUGAGCUGACGAGAUUCCUGAAUGUUGACUGCAUGCUGAUGUCGGUCUCCAUGGUGAUCUCAGUGGGGGCCUGAUGGGAGGACGGAGUUGGCAGGUCUGGAAUAAGCUUCCAAACGCGAAGCCUUAGGUGUGAUACUGCAUGCAAGGAAACUGUUGCAUAGCAUUCCACCAAUGGAGAGAGGCAGAGCAAGAAGAGGAAAGCUGAUGGGGAAGUUAGAGCGGUGCCAGACUUGUGAAGGCGUUUCGUCUGGAACAAGCUUCCAAACGCGAAGCCUUAGGUGUGAUACUGCAUGCAAGGAAACUGUUGCAUAGCAUUCCACCAAUGGGGAGCGGCAGAGCAAGAAGAGGGAAGCUGAUGUGGAAGUUGGAGCGGUGCCAGACUUGUGAAGGCGUUUGGUCUGGAACAAGCUUCCAAACGCGAAGCCUUAGGUGUGAUACUGCGUGCAAGGAAACUGUUGCAUAGCAUUCCACCAAUGGGGAGAGGCAGAGCAAGGAGAGGGAAGCUGAUGGGGAAGUUGAAGCAGUGCCAGACUUGUGAAGGCGUUUCUCGAUUCCAGACUGUGGAGCAAAGGUCUCGAGGUUCCGGAGAAUCUCCGGAUCUUGCAAGCGUGAUUGAGAAGUCUCUCUCGAGCUUACUGGCGUGAUCGAGUUACGAAACGGUCAUCGUCUUUUGAAAGCUACCGUAGCACCCAGCCAGCAGCAGGACUGGCAAAAGCGUUGGUAAGAGCAUUGAUUUGAGCUGAUUGUUCGCUUGUGUAGUUUUUUUGAAUUGAGGAAUUUAAUGUUUCCCAUGCUUCUUCCGUCUAUUAGGAAUGUGGACAUCAGCAAACCAUCUCGAUGAUGGUCUGAUGUUGCCACGAUGGGCGUUAUGUCUAGUCUCUUGCAAUGUCCUCCUGCUUGGAGAUCCUCUUAGUCUACUACGGGACCUGUCAUCAGUUGUUAAGGGCUGUCAUAAGCUCUCUGUUUAUCUUCUCUCUCUCUCUCUCUCUUUCUCUCUCUUGCUCAGAUCGCUAUCAGUAAUCUCAGAAGGAUGAGCUCCUGCUUCUCUUUGGGCAUUUGGAGUUUCUCUCGGAAAGAGCGCAUGCUGGGAUCUUUCUGAAUUGCAUGGAGAGGUGAUCAACCACCCCCCUGUAUCGAUGCAUCCUGGUUUAUUAGUAAGGAGCCAUGAAAAGAGAUGCACUGAUGUGUUUCGAUUUUCAGCGUCUGUCCCCACUUUGGUGCUCUUGCCUUUACUUACACGUGUGGACCGGCAUGUUCUCUUUGUGCAGAACACAGGUUGUGUCAGGCAACAAUUUCUUUCCGCCCUCCCAGCUGUCAGGGGCCGACCUUUUCUUUCAGAAGGGUUUGUUGAUCGGCAUGUUCUCUUUGUUGAUCGGCUGUGCAUUUUGGUAACAGGGUAGGUCUAGAGUGAAUGCGCGAGUUAUUCCACAUGUUUCCCUUCGUUAUAAUUAAGGAAAUUCUUUUGGGUGAAAGAGAGAGGCAAGGAGUGAGGUGAGCGUUUAGAAAUGACGAGUCGUAAAACUCGUGCACCAUUGUUGGACUAGGACAAUCUCACCAUCACACCCUCACUGCCUCAAGGGCACAAGCCCGAACAGCCACAGAGCGACACAGCCACCAUACAUGCAUCCGCGCACCCACCACUAUAGAAAGGGACACUGGGGACAGGGCAGUGUUCUCUUAGUAUUGGGGUUAGGAAUGCCGAGUACGAGUGAAAAUGGAGAUACUGAUUGUUUUACAACAGGUUCGUGAAUCCAGAAAACGCCAAGAGAUGGAAGCAGUUGAGCAGCCGGUUGCGGCAACAGCUGAAGAUUACUGCAUCAUGAUGUUUUCUCAGGGAAGGAACCACAGCCAUGGCAGUGUUUUUUGAGCAAAUGGUGACGCAUGCAAUUCAGAAAAUGAGGUGUGGCCACAUCAGGAUUAUGCAAGAGGGCGAAGACGUGAAGAGAGGGAGGUAAGACGGACUGGCAUGCCGCUUUCACUGUCAUUGAGGGUGGACUGACUGUGGAAAUUGGGCCAAGCGACUCACGUCUGUUGCCUCAAUUUUGUCUAGGGUUUCUCUUGCCGUGAUCAGAAAUCUGCAGCGGCGUUAAGGACUUGCAUAUUGUGGCCAGCAGACAUCUUUUCGUACAGUCAGAAGGCUGACCUGCAACAUGGUGUGUCAGCUGACAAGACAUCUUUUCGUGCUGUCAGAAGGCUGACCUGCAACAUGGUGUGGCCAGCAGACGAGACAUCUUUUUGUGCUGUCAGAAGGCUGACCUGCAGACAAGACAUCUUUUUGUGCUGUCAGAAGGCUGACCUGCAACAUGGGACGGAUCGGUUCUUUGGAGAGUACAGUCAUUGUUCCCCUGGUGAUUGAAGGUACAGCUUGCAUCUUAUGUUCAACACCCGUGCUUGCUAUAGUGAUGGACUUCGGACUGGCAGCGGCACUUUCACGUGGCCAUUGUAUGAUGACCAGUUCCAUUGAACCAGAGUGCAAGGAGAUGGUUAUGGAGUAGAGGAUUGUGAUGACGGCUGCCAGUAACCUUUCAUCUGUCGAUUUGGCAUGCAGUUCAGAUAAGCACUCUUUUCUCUUCUUUGCGUUUGUAUCCUUAUAUGAGGAUUAACGUAGCACUCGGGGUGAGGAAGCAGAAGUACAGCACAGUGGUAGCUGACUGUAUGACACGGUCAAAUCGCUCGUGCAAGUUUAAACAUAUCGUAUUCAAAAUGAGCAAAUUGAUCUUGUGAUCAGGUGCCUCGUUGCAGUAAGAGGGAGUGCGUGCGUGAAGUUGUCCUGUCGUCUGGAUUCAAGGGACGAAAAGAUGCUGCGGAGAAGAGAAAGAGCGACCUGCUUAUACGAAAUUAUGAAGUCUGGUUUAUCUUCACACGGAAGAUAUAAUAGACUGCGACUUCUUCGAGUAUCAGUGGUGUUGGGUGAUAGUAGGUGAUGGACCUGUUUAAAAAGUCUGGUUAUCUUCACAGCGAAGAUGCAGACCAUGGUUUCGUAGGGUACUGGUGAGGGUGAUGGUCAAAUCGGCGGUUGUAGGGGUGUCGGGAAUAUGCGGAGGGGGUGAGGGUGAUGGUCAUGGUGGGUCAUGAUUCUGUCCUUGGUUCUUUGAGCAGAAGCAAGUGGAGGUCAUCUUCAUGUUGUGGUGGUAAUGCCAAUGUGGGCUGCGACCGACUAGUGGCUACACGUCUAUGAAGUAAGUGUUUCAUCAUGUAGUUUGAUUCUUUGUUGCUGUUAAUCAAUCCUGCUGAUCACUUUGGAGGGUGUAUUCAGGAUGGGUGGAGAUGGGCUGAGCAUGUGAUUUUGGGUCUGUGUAUGGUCUAGCAAGUGUUAAGACAGACUGUGAAGUGACGCAGCUGUCAGAUUCUCGUUCUGCAAUAAAGCUUUCAGUGGAUUAUGAUGCGCCAUGACCGAGCGCAACUUGGCUGGCUGGAAUCGGUUUAUCUUGUUCUCAAGUCAAAGAACUUGUCUAGCGAGCGUGCGUGUGUCCAGACUUUGGGAUGAUCGUGCAGUGCAGUGAAGAAGGAUUGAAAUGACGUAUUGCUUUUGGUGGAUGGUGAUGUGUCAUGGCCCAUGGGAUAC